UAAACUUGUAUGUUUUGCGAAGGUUACUACGUGCGAGGUUCCUGUUAGUUCAUGUUUUGAUAUUUUUAUGCCGUUAAGUAAUGUAGUUUUGUCAAAAUAUGCAGUGCAUAUAAGUUUGAAAAACAGUGUUCAUAUAGUCUUUAAAAAGUACACUCAAGGAUAAGUGUCGACGUGUAAAAUGGCGUGGUUCGGUGACGGACUGCCUAGCUUGUCGAAUUUAAAGGGACAGUUAACAAGUUUUACAAAGGAAGUCUUAUCGGAGGGUAUAGUAGAGGAAAUAGACGAACGAUCGAAAGCAUUAAAGGAAGCGAACGAAAAAUGCGUUGAAUUGCAAGAAAUACUCAACUCGAAAGACGCUGAAAUUUCGCUACUACGACGGCAGAACUGUGAACUCCAGAAGGCUGUCGUUGAAUUAAACGCAAAACCAAAGGAUUCGAACGAUAGUAAUCACGAUGACGAGGGCGAGGUAUUUUUUUGGGAUCCACCGUCCACGAAAAAUCGAAAUUCAAAAAGUCGGAAUCACGUGCGACAAUUGCAAGAACAACUGGCACAAGCCACCGUGAAAAUACGAGAUUUAGAAAUCGAACUUAAACGCAUUCAAAAGGGUAACAAUUCCUCUUUGAAAGAUGAACUCACCGAUGGUCAUCAAAAAGCGGAAUUCUUAAGAGCAAAGCAAGAUAUGGUGAACCGUAUAAUACAAAUGGAAGAAAAGAGCCGGGAAACCGAGAAAAACACGAGACGCAUGCAAUCGGAUGAAAUAACGUUGAUCAACGAUUUCCGUACGGUGCUGUCCAAAUUGAACUCCCUCGAGAAGCUGGAUUUAGUUCGUGGCGCGCUAAAAGCGCUGGAAACUGAGAACGAGAAAUAUAGCGAGGCUAAUAAACAAGAAAAGUCUGACUUCGAUGAGAAGUUUAAGAGGCCCAACAGCGUCAGCCACGAGACCGCCGCGUUGAAGCCUAAUUUCGACCUGAGUUCAGAGAACCACAUGCGAGAUGAAUUUAUCAAGGCAUCAAGCAACAGAGAAUCGGAAUUGUACAAGAAAAUCGAGGAACUUCAGGAAGAAAAUAAAAGAUUGUUCGCCAGUGUGGAAGAAUUGGAUCAGCAGCAUGAACAAUCGAUAGAAAAACUAUUGUCCCUCAAGGAAGAGGUCGAAAAAAAACACCAGUGCCUUCAAAACGCUUACGAGCAGCUUUACGUAGACUACAACCAGGCUCAAGAUAAAGUCGUCCAACUGGAAGGUAAACUCGUGGAAUUCAGCACGCUGAUACGAACAGAAACUGUCGACCAUACCGUACAAACUAACAGUUUAGAGAGCGUAGAUAAGCAUAUCCAAACAAAUGAUCUAGAAACGGAAGAAAACGAAUCGACCGACGAACAGGAUGAGGGAAAUGUGGUCGGCGAAUUAACCAAAAGGGUCAAGAAUAUUUUGAAGAGUUCCUUUGUAGAAAUAGAACCGGAUGAGUCGAUUUUCGAGGCUCUGGCGAAGCAGUACAUCGAUGUGAAAUGGACGAAAGACGUGGUGGAAUCGGAAACUGAAUGGUUGCACGAGGAGGUGAAGCGUCUUCAAGUAGAAAAUUCCGCGUUGCGCAAGAAAAACUCGUUAAGAAAGAAAAAUGCGAUGCUACGAAGUACUUGUCCAAAUGAAACGCGAUUAAAGAAUCAAGGCCAAUCGCCACCUGCAUCUCGAACGAGAAAAUCAGCAAAAUUAGAAAAUAUUCCGGAAGAUAUCGAGGACACGUUUAAUACAAUGGAGAAUCUGAAUCGGAGAUUGCAUACGACGUUGGAUGAGAAUGACAAGUUACGAAAGAAGAUCGAUUUAUUGGAGAACACGGAGAAAGAAACGCAGGAACAGCUGAGAAUAUCAUUGGAAAAAUGCAAGUAUUUAGAUGAAAACAUCGAAUUCGUCGAGGAGCUGAAAUUCGAUCUUGAGAACGUGAGACGCGAAUUGAAAACGUCUGUUUCUAAUGGAAAACAAUUAGAAAACAGUUUGGCGAUUCUGCGAGGUAUGAAAGACGAAAUUCAAAAAGAAAACGAGGAACUGUCUCGGAGGAAUGAACAGUUGGAAAUAGAGAUCUCGCAGUGGCGUGAAAGUAAUUCAGAGACAGGGAAUAACGAUACGUUAAAAGAUCUUCAGGAACAAUUAGCCAACACUAAUCGUGAGAAAGAUGACUUAGACUACGACAUAUUAAACAUGAGAAAAGAAUUGGACGAAGCGUUCAACCAAAUAGAGUUGAAAGAAAGUUACAUAGCGAAGCUGAGUCAAGAGAACGAAAGUUUAACGAAAGAAAAGAUUUCCUGGUUGGAACAGUUAACUGCCAUUCAAGACGAGUCCAACGAUAAAUUAGACUUGGUAAACACGGAAAAAUCUUUAUUAGAACAAGAACAGACGGAAUUGAAGGAAAAAGUAGCGAAUAAUAACAAAGUGAUAAAUGAAAUUAGGGAACGAUUACGAGAGUCGGAAGAAAGGUACGUAGAACUAAAAAGUGAACUUUUAUCGAUGAACAAAACGACCGAGAAGCUUCAAUUGGAAAAAGAAAAUUUGCAAAACGAAAUAAAGAAACGCGAAGAAUUAAAGAGUGAAUUAGAGCUUAGCGAGUUAACUGAAAAAUUGUGUUCCAUGCAGAACGAUUAUGCUCAAAUGGAGAAUAAAAUAGAAACAUUACGUUUGAAAGAGAGGGAAUUGAUAAAAUUACAAGAGAGUUUCGCCACCGUUGCCGAAGAAAAUAAAACUUUAAAAACCGGAUACGAAGUAGCCAGGGAUAGCUGUAUCAAGUUGGAGCAUGAUAUUGCAUGUCUAGAAGCGGAGAAAAAAGAGUUAUUAAAUCGUAUAAAUGAAAAUGUCUGUGAUAAGGAAAAGCAACAAAUUACAGUUAUUUUAGAGGAAAAGAUACGAGAAAAUGAUACCUUGAAGGAUGAUAACAGUAAAUUAAUGGCGGAAAUCAUCAAUUCGCAAAAGAAAUUGCAAAAGGCAAUUGACGAAAAUACAGAAUCAGCUGAUAUGGCCAAAGAAACGAUAGAAAAUCUAUCUCAUCUUAUUAGAGAAAAAGACGAAGAGAUUAAUAACCUGAAAAGCGCACUCUAUCUUGCAAAGACUGAUACAGAAACACUCGAUUUUGCGACUAUAAAGAACGAAAGGGACGAACUUGUGAAACUUGUAACCAUCAAACACAAUGAAAAUGUGCAAUAUCAUGACGAAAUUCAAAGGUUGACGCACCUCUUGAGCGAACAAACAUCGCGAAGUCAGAACUUGCUAACAGAGAAAGACUUAAAUGUCUCUGAAUUAAGGGACAUAGCUACUCUGCAGCAUGAACUGCGGACAGUCGAACAACGUUUGAGAAAUGCCGAAGAAUCGAACAACAAGGAAACUUGCGGGAUCGUCGAACACUCAACGCAAACAACAGAAAUUGCCAUUCUUAAUGAAAAAUGUAACGCGUUGGAAGCAGCUCUAAUUCAAGAGCAAUCGAACAACAGAAUGCUACAGAAUCAACUUAGCGAAAGCCAAGGCAAAGAAGCGAACGCCGGAAAGGAGUUAGAAAGGCUACGAGCACAUUUGGUUGAAAUGGAAUCAAGCUAUACGGAAGACGCUUUACUUGCGGAGGAAACGCGAAAAGAAUUAGAAGUGAAAUUACAGCAGGCUGAAGAAAAAAUGAAGAGCAGUUCAAACGCGUAUACGUCCGCAAGUAUAAGAGCAAAUCAGCAAGUGGAAACGUUACAACAACAAAUGGCGUUGAUUGUUCAGCAAAGGGAUGAUAUACAAAAUAAGUUAGCUGUCGCUGAAGAUAAGAUCUUAUCACAGACUACGUCGUUAACUAAUUUACAGAUAGUCUUGGAACAAUUCCAACGAGAUAAGGAAAAAGAUAUCAUAGCGACAACUGAGAGAAUUCAAUCUAAACUAAUCGAAUCCCAUAAAAAACAAGAGGAGUUGGCCAAAGAUGUCACAAUUCUUAAGGAACAAUUAGCUGAAGCUAAAGAAUGCUUACAAGCAGCGUCCAGAUUAAGCGAACAACUCGAUAAAAAAACAGAACGAAUCGAACAGCUAAACCAAGAAGUGGACCGGUUAACAAAUCUUGUAAAUACUGCUGAUCACAGGAUAGAAGAGGCAAAGCAAAGUGGAGAGGGAAAAAUUGAUAAGACUCUCAUUAAAAACCUCUUAUUGGGUUACCUGUCCUCGUCGGCAGCAGAUAAGUCUUCGGUGCUUAGAGUGUUUUCCACAAUUUUGGAUUUCAAUGAAACAGAGAAGGAUAAAGCAGGGUUGAGUAAUACAAUCGGGCAAAAUAGCUGGUUUUCUCGUUUAACUGGUGGAUCUACCGUUCCUAAUAAGGAUCAAGAAGCGUCUUUGUCAGCAGCAUUUAUUAGAUUUCUAGAAAACGAAUCGAAACCUAAGCCACAGUUACCAGCAUUACCAAUUCAAACAUCGCCAUUACCACGACCUGGUCAUAGUAGGCAACAUUCUACGUCAUCAACACAAUCUACUUCGUUACUUUCCAAUGUAAAUUUACCAACAUUCCCGGAUUUUAUCCCAGCCAGAAAUACAGGAUCUAUUUUGAAAGAAGUAUUGAAGGACAGCUGAUAUUAAUAAUUCUGGUAUAUUUUAUGCUUUGUAAAUUCUAAGACUGUAGCAGAAAGCAAUGUUUAAAGAAGACAUUUGUUUACCAAGUUCCACUUAAUAAAAGUAAAGAAAAGAAA